AUGACAUCCCCGUUAUUCUCUCUCCAAAUUAAUACCCCUAAAAAUUUUCUUUAUCUACUAAAAAUCUUCCCUCAAUUUCACUUCUCUCGCAGAAAAAUAAUUUUUUUUCUAAAAAAAAAAAUGACAGAAGAAAAAGGAAUUCACCUUGAUGACAACAGCAAUGGUGGUUGGCAAGAAGUUACUUACGGUAAGAAAAAGCAAAACAAGAAGAAGCCCGUCGAAAAUCGGAGUAAAAGUACUAUUGGUUCCCAACAAAAUGGUAACAUAAUUAGUGAUCGUGCUGAUAACGUGUUUGCGAGUCUAGAGAAGAAUUCUGAGCAGCGGCCGGGGAAAACUGGUGAUAGAAAGGGUAGACAAUCGAAAAUGCGGCCCGGAAAUGGUGAUGAUGACCAUAGCAAGAUUGGGAAGGAUAAGGAGAAUGGAACAACGGAAGGCAAAGAGAAGAAGAAUAAGAAGAAGCCCAAAAAGGAGAUGAAGAACACGAAUAUGACCGUCGAAGAAGCUGCCAAGAAGAUUGAUGCCAAUGAUCUUUCGAGCUUUCUUGCUGAUAAUUCGGCAUCUAAUGCAUCAUCUCCGGACAUUCAACUGAUGAGGUUCGCUGACUAUUUCGGACGAGCAUUUUCAGCGGUCAACGCCGCUCAAUUCCCCUGGCUGAACAUGCUCAAGGAGUCAACCCUUGACGAAGUUGCUGAUAUGCCGAUUUGUCACGUUCCCCAAUCCGUUUGUAAAAUUUCAACUGAAUGGAUUAGUCAACGGUCUGAUGAAGCUCUUGCGACUUUUGUGUUAUGGGCAUUGGACAGCAUUCUUGGUGACUUGACGACGCUUAAAACAAGCUCUAAAGCCCAAAAGAAGGUUGUUAAUCAAACUUCCUCAUCAAAUUCUCAGGUUGCUAUGUUUUUAGUCAUAUCGAUGACAUUGCGACAAAGACCUGAAGUGAUGAUUAAUCUGUUGCCUGUUUUGAGGACGAACUCAAAGUAUCAUGGUCCGAAUAAACUCCCUAUUUUUACAUGGAAAAUAAUUCAGGCCUCCCAUGGAGAUCUGUCAAUAGGGAUGUACUUAUGGGCACAUUUUGUGUUGCCUUACUUGGGAGGCAAAUCUAAUUCAAACACGCAAAUUCGGGAACUGGUUCUGCAAUUGGUCGAAAGAAUUCUUUCCAGGCCAAAUGCCAAGAAAAUAUUGGUAAAUGGAGCUGUGAGGAAAGGAGAACGUUUGGUACCACCUUCCGCCCUGGACUUGUUGCUACACGUUACAUUUCCAACUUCUUCAACCAAAAUCAAGGAAAAUGAUGGAUUUGAAACCAUAUACCCUAUCAUUGUGUACGUUGCUCUGGCUGGAACCCCAAGAAGCAAAUCCAUAAAACAACUCUCUCUGGAGAUUCAAGAUGUUGCAUUGAAAGCCACUGUUGAAGGAAAUCCAAAACUAUCUGAAGAAGCCCACAAAUUGUUAGUCUGGUGUUUGACCCAAAAUACCGAGUGCUACAAGAAAUGGGAAAAUGUUUAUGCCAACAACCUAGAAACGAGCAUUGCUAUCCUUAAAAAGCUUAUCCAGCGGUGGUCAGAGCUAUCUCCAAAGAUGGCUUCUCAAGAAGCUCUAAGUGACACUAUCAAGAUUUUUAGGAAAAAGAAUGAGGAAGCAUUUAAGGUUAGAAUGGAGGGUUCUCGUAAAGUACUUUACGCAGAGGCAGAAAAGUAUUGCAAGGUGCUGUUGAAGAAGAUGUUUUGGGACAACAAUGGUUGGCCCAUGUUUAAACUCUCAAUUAUCAUUCCAAUGGUUGCAGUUUUUGCCUAUAUCUAUGGCUACAAGGAAUACUCAAGAACCAUUGAAUUCUUGUUGAGAAAUGGAGGUAGCUAG